CCAACAACAUUUACAGGUCCCGCCAUGUUUAUGUUAUGUCCAAGGCAUGUUUCACGCACCACCACCUCCCUCCUUUCACAGCGAUCGGAGGUAGAUUUGUCUACGAGCCCUCAUCGCUCCAUGGAGCUGUUCUGGAGACCCUCUUGGUGGAUCCAAAGGUCAGAGAGGUCGGAUAACCUCUGGCACCGAAGGUCCAGGAGAUUGACCACAGCACCGACUUCUCCAGUCCAGAGAUGUCUCAGGUCAUGACAGAUGGAUGGAACCACGUGUCUGGAACUUUGAAGGAGUCUAAACAAUAUCAGCUUGUUCUGCAGGAACGUUUUGCUGUAUCAGCUUCACAGGAGGUGCAGCCCGAGCCGGUUCUGAAUGCACUAAAGGACCCAGCGAAAAAAGGAAAAUGCAAACCCACCCCAUCUGCUCAUCUGCCCAUCAAAGCGAGCCAGGAGUUCCCUAAAAAGGCCGACUCGGUUCUGAUCAACUGGGAUGAAGUGCACUCAACCGUUCGUAACAUGAGCUACCAGAACGGGAAGCUGUUUGUGAUGGUGUCGGGUCUCUACUAUGUCUAUGCUAAAACCUGCUUCCGCUACUACAACCAUGGAGACAGCAUCCAGGCUUCAGUGGACGUCAGCAACACCCAGCUGAUCCAGUACGUGUUCCACCAAAGCAUCAGACAAAACAGCAACAAGCCAGCGGUGCUGAUGAAGACGGGCAGCACCAUGCGCUGGGACAACACCAGCUAUAACAUGUACUGCGCCCAACAGGGACGAGCUAUUUACCUGGACAAGGGAGACGCAGUGUUUGUCAACGUGUCCAACGCAUGGCUGCUAGACAAGGAGGCAGAGGGGACGUACUUUGGGGCCAUAAAGAUGGGGAACUGAGAGCCAGCAUGCUACUGAACAUGAACACCAAAGAAACACUGUUACUUAUGUGUCCUGUUUUAAACCCACCUGUUGUUGAUUUCUGUUUCACUUUCUUCAUGGAAGACCCUGGAGUCCUCGGCCCACCUGUCCACCCUCCCACCUAGGUACAGACAGGGUUCUGAUUUGUGUCAGACCAUCUGGUUGUGGGAACCGGAGCUGAUGAACUGAGGAGGUGAAAUGUUAGCUGUAAGAGAGACAAGCCGACAUCUCGGUGCUGGUAGCAGAACCAGAACCAGGUCCGGCACGGCUGUUUGUACCGAAGGUGUGGACCAGUGAAAUGUCAGACGUGUGGAAAUGUGCGAUUGUUCUCUUAACCUGGAAGGUUGAACUUUGACCCAGACCUUGUGCGACAGAACCAUUGUGUGCUCCGGUCCUCUGAGGUGUGACAGAAACCACUUGACGUGUCAUUCAGACUUGUUUUGUUAGUGACAGACCUACUUCACAGCAGCCAGAUGGAUUCAGGAUGUUUGACCCAGCAGCCCUGGCUGGCCCACCGGCUCCUGUCCUGCUUGGUUGGGUUUGCUGUGAAAAGGUUCCUAAAGAAGAGACGCAGACAGCCGGCCUGCCUGGCGUCUUCACGGGAGCAGAGCUGAGUUCGGCUCCUCUUAACUUAAUUCUGGUUUUCAUUUGGCUCUCCAGGGAGGUCAGUGGGAACAUGCACUAAGUAUUUAUUUAUUAGCUGUAGAGCCACAGGGCAGCUGGCCAAACAUUUACACCUAACAUCCAGUACGCAGCGCCCAGACACGCUUGUUGAAACACAGAUCCUGUACUUAAGAGUCUCAUUCUGACAACUGUGUCCAUGUUUGUGACUUUGUUAUUCCUCCUCAUGCUCUGGCACACCUGUUUUUAUUUAUGUUUGUUUAUGUUUAAUAAAAUACUACUUUUGUA